GAAAUUCGAGCUAAACUAUGGGAAAUACUACUAGGUCAACAAACCCAAAAAUAAACCAGAAGAGCUCAAUAUGUGACCUAUUCUCAAAUAUCAAGAUUUAAUAAUUAACAGGGAUAAUCUAUCCAGGUAAAAAAGGGAAAACUUCAGAACUUAGAUGAG